CAAAUCUCUCUCAUCGGGGGGCGCCUGUGUGAAGACGUGUCCAGCAAGAGCUCCAAGCAAAAUCCGGCUAAGAUCGGCCAAAGAACCGCUAAAUACCGCACAAGCCGACGCCAAAAAGCUCCCACAAAGGGUAACUCAAUGGGGAAACGGUCCCUAAAUAAACAGAAUGCCUCAGGACAGGGCUCCCAAGAUAUUGGGGACUGCCGCCACAGGGGAUACCUCAUCAGAAGAGGAGCUGUCCAUGGAUACCCUCAACGAGCUACCUCAGAGCUGAGGCUAAACCACAUUUCCUCGGAGGAAGAGGACGACACACCAGCAACUAAAAGGGACAUCAAGUCCUUACUUAAAGACAUACGAUCCCUAUUCCAAGCGAUUAUCAGGGAAGACAUACACUCCCUGACGGGCAGAGUCAAACUAACAGAGGACGUUGUCUCAGGCCUACUUACCUCACAAACCGCACUGCGGGAAGCACAAGCCACAACCAGCUGGGCUCAAGAAAGUCUGGCGACGAAGAUGGCGGAUUUAGAAGACAAGAGCCGGCAAAAUAAUAUUAAGCUGAGGGGAGUACCAGAAGAAGUGGCCACAAACGAGCUACCUCAAUACCUAAGCCGACUGUUCUACCACCUGCUACCGCCCAAGAGAGAAAAAGCCAUCAUAAUUAACACUGCUACCGCCUACCCAAAUCGCCUAACAUCCAAGAUACACCAUCAAGGGACCUGA